CGUAACAGAAAAAAAUAAUUAUCGAUUCAUUUUUACGCGCUCACACAAAAAAGAACACAAAGCUAACUGAAACGGAAUCUUCUCUGAUCCGAUCUAAUAAUGAGUUCCGCCAAUUCCUCGUCAUCCUCCGCCCUCACCGGCGAAACUACGGGGACGACAGCAGGCGGAGGUCGAGGACAACCGUCGCCAUCAUCGUCAUCAUCAUCGGAGAAGCAAAAGGAGAAGGCGAGAGUGAGCAGGACGUCAAUGAUACUGUGGCACGCUCAUCAAAACGACGCUGCAGCUGUAAGGAAACUUCUCGAGGAAGAUAGAUCCUUAGUUCACGCUAGGGAUUAUGAUAAUCGGACUCCACUCCACGUGGCUUCUCUUCAUGGAUGGAUCGAUGUUGCUAAGUGUUUGAUUGAGUUUGGCGCUGACGUCAACGCUCAAGAUCGCUGGAAGAACACGCCUUUAGCUGAUGCAGAAGGAGCUAAAAAGCAUAAUAUGAUUGAGUUCCUAAAAUCAUAUGGUGGAUCGUCUUAUGGGCAAAAUGGAAGCCAUUUUGAACCGAAACCUGUUGCACCGCCUUUACCCAACAAGUGUGAUUGGGAAAUUGAUCCGUCUGAGCUUGACUUCUCGAACUCAGCAAUUAUUGGGAAGGGAUCUUUUGGCGAAAUUUUGAAAGCGUAUUGGCGUGGAACACCAGUAGCUGUUAAGCGGAUUCUUCCAUCACUCUCAGAUGAUAGAUUGGUGAUUCAGGACUUCAGACAUGAGGUGAAUUUGCUAGUGAAGCUUCGCCACCCUAAUAUAGUUCAAUUUCUAGGAGCUGUCACAGAGAAGAAGCCCCUUAUGUUGAUCACAGAGUAUUUACGAGGGGGUGAUCUCCAUCAGUACCUGAAGGAAAAGGGUGCACUUAGUCCUUCAACAGCCAUCAAUUUUGCAUUAGAUAUUGCCAGAGGCAUGGCAUAUCUUCACAAUGAGCCAAAUGUCAUUAUUCAUAGAGACUUGAAACCAAGGAAUGUUCUUUUAGUCAACUCCAAUGCUGACCAUUUGAAAGUUGGAGAUUUUGGACUAAGCAAGCUCAUCAAGGUUCAGAAUUCUCAUGAUGUCUACAAAAUGACUGGCGAGACAGGGAGCUAUCGCUACAUGGCUCCAGAAGUUUUCAAGCACCGGAAAUAUGAUAAGAAGGUUGAUGUGUUUUCUUUUGCAAUGAUACUAUACGAGAUGCUGGAAGGGGAACCCCCACUGUCAAACUAUGAGCCUUAUGAAGCAGCCAAGUUUGUGGCAGAGGGGCACAGGCCGACAUUUCGUGCUAAAGGAUUUACCAUUGAGUUGAAAGAAUUAACAGAUCAGUGUUGGGCAGCUGACAUGAACAGAAGACCUUCUUUUCUGGAAAUCCUCAAGAGGCUUGAAAAGAUAAAGGAAGCGUUACCUGCGGAUCAUCACUGGAGCUUAUUCAAUGCAUAACACUGCAAGUGAUGACAAGGUUAAAUAUAUGAAUCUCUACGUGGUACUCCCUUUCUUUUUCCCACAAUUGUGCAGAUGCUACUGUGAAUACAAAGAUUCCCGAUUUUUAUCAUGGUCGGUAUAGGCAUUUGGCCAUCUACAAUUGAAUACUGUCAUUCAAUUAACCUACAUAAGUAGGUUCAUUACCUGACCCAGGUACUGGACUUUGUUUUCCCAAUUGUAAGUUGUGAUGGAUUAUGAGGUUUAAAGAGUAAAUGUGGGAUGUUCUAGGUUUGUAUAUGGUAAACUUUUUGUUCUCCAUGUCAUAAUGUUAAUUUUUGUGUUGGAAA